CGGGCCGCUCGACGACGACGCUCCCGCGGGGGCCCCGCCUGAGCAGGACGCGGCUGCGGUGGCUGCGAGGCCGCGGGAGGCCGCGGAGGAUGGAGGAGCGGAAGGAGGAGGGCGAGGCCGAGAUCCAGGAGCACGGGCCCGAGCACUGGUUCUCCAAGUGAGAGCGGCAGUGCCUGGCCGAGGUCGAGCAGGACGAGCAGUUGACCCCUGAGCUGCAGGAGGAGGCGGCGGCGGCCGCACAGCCCGAGCACAAGCAGCAGAAGCUGUGGCACCUCUUCCAGAACUCGGCCACCGCCGUGGCCCAGCUCUACAAAGACCGAGUGUGUCAGCAGCCAGGACUUUCUCUUUGGGUUCCCUUCCAAAAUGCAGCCACCGCCGUCACCAACCUUUACAAAGAAAGCGUGGAUACCCAUCAGCGAAGUUUUGAUAUUGAAAUUCAGGUUGGCCAUCAGCGACGCAAUAAAGAUGUGUUGGCUUGGGUUAAAAAGCACAGAAGAACUAUUCGUAGAGAAGAUUUGAUCAGCUUCCUGUGUGGAAAAGUUCCUCCACCGCGAAACUCUAGAGCUCCCCCAAGACUGACUGUAGUGUCCCCUAACCGAGCUACUUCAACGGAAACUAGCUCAUCUGUAGAGACUGAUUUGCAACCCUUCCGGGAAGCCAUAGCUCUGCAUGGUAAAGCCGUUUAAACAUAUUUCUUUGGAAAAAUGGUUAAGAGUGUGCCUGUGGACCCAAUUUCACAUUUAGGUUUAGGUCCAGAUAUAUUGUCUGUUUUUUUGUCUAUUCUAGUUACUACUUGCUCUAGAAAUGUUUAAAUAGAAUGUAAGCUAAGAACUUACAUGGGCAAUUUUUGAAUGUUAGCCAGCCUAUCCUAAAAAAAAAAUGUUUUUAGAAAGUUGGUUUGAGCUGAUUGGUGUUACAAUAACAGCAUUUUUUUCAACAUUUAUUAGAAUUUAUUGCUUUACACAGUUACAUUGUACAUGUUUCCUUACUCUUCUGAGUCAAAGAGGAAGUUCUUGUGUCUUAAGAAUACUAUUGCAUUUAUAAUUACCUGGAGAGCCUAGUCAGUUACGGGCAAGUAAGGCAGAUAACUGUUGGGCUAGAUCUCAUGGGAACUCCCUUUGACACCUUAGGUUAUUGAGUGUGCCUGUAGAACCUGAGCGUCGAUGACCCAAGAGGGAGUGGACAGAUGUAAGAAUAAUUAACUUGACUUUCCUUAUGUCUGUUGUCCCUUAGGGCCUUGCUUUGAUAGGACUGUUAGAGAACAGGUCCAUCACCAUCUCCCCAGGCCAGACCUGCCAUAAAAAGACAUUCUUGGCUGAGGGGUUUAAGUAUUAUUGGAGAAGCCUGGGGUAUGUAGUCAGUAAGUUUGUUGUUGCUUGUUCUCUAAUACUGGCUUCCAGAUAGAACUGGGAGAGGUACUUAUAGGACAUUCAAUACUACUGUAAAAAUAAAACGACAAAAUUAUAAGACUUGGUUGAAGCCAAGAUGAAAACAUGGAUUGUUCAAGUGACUAAACAGAUAGAAGUAAUUAGUGAGUUAGGUCAUGAGUCCUGUUAAAAGUUAACAUAUUUCUGAGCCAUAGUGUAGGUCAUCUAAAAUAAAAUAACCUGGUGAUAAAAACUGGGAUGUAUACAAAGGGCUUCUAUAUCAUCGAAGCUUUAAUGCUUACAGAGAUUCUUGUUCUCUUCGGCAAACAUUGAUUCUUUAUCUAAAACCCCAUUCAGAACAUGGGAGUUGGAAAAAGUGUUGUUUUUUUUUCCCCUCCUGAUUGUGAGUUUGUUUACGAUAAGUUAAAAACACAAAAACAUUUUAUUGCAAGAAAGUCGAUGAUGUAUGGAUGCAGUACGUAAGACUGCUUGCUGUUUCUAAUAUAGUGGAAUAGUUGAUGCUGUCAGAAAGUUUGAAACUCAGGCAAAAUAGAGAUUGAUCUGUUCCUACUGAAUUAGAGUUUCACAUCUUUUACCAUUGUUUGAAAAAAAUCGCUAGAAGUGUACAUAGUUUGUCAGAUUAAUUUUAGUGCAUGGUAGUAUUUGAUGUAGUUGUGUUUCCCUUAAGCAUUUUGAUUUCCUUUGUCAUCAAGUGGAUUUAUGAUUUAUUCCAUAUUUCUCUUGUUGAAGUAUCUUUUUUCUGUAUUAUACUCCACUAUAGAAGGUAGUUUUACGAAGCAUAAAUGCCACUCUUGUUAUAAAAUCUUAAUGCAGUUGUACACAUUGUAAAAAGGGCAAGCUAGCAGCCCUCCCCCCUCCAACUACUACUAUAUUCUCCACAUCCCAUUACAUUUUCUUAAAUUGAAAAAAAAAAAAAGCAGAUGUGUUGUGUGUGUUUGACAGGCUGUUUUAGUUCACACAAAGUUCAAGCUGAACAAUGUAUAAGCCGAGAUGACUUCUCCAUACCUCAAUGUGUGAAAAUUUUCUCCAUCAGGGGGAACUUUCAGGAUUUUCCCAAUUAGGAGUUUUCAUCUAAUGCUGGGCUUGGCGUUCACCGACAAGCAUAUGAACUAGUAGAUAUACGUUAGAAAAACCAGGUUUAUAAGUUUGAAUGACUAUAUUAAAUUACUUACCAAACCUGUGAGGAUCUUCGGUUACUUUGGGAAAAUCUUUGACUAUGGCUCACAGUUCAGCUUUAGUUCAGGAAAUAUAAAAA